GCAACAUGGAAAACCCAUUGUGCAUUUUGGCUGCAGUGAUUCUUUUGGGAGGUUUUUUAGAUGCAGCCGCAGCCCAGAAAAACGAUACAGCGACUCAAAGCUUUUAUUCUUCAUCGAUCAACUCGACUUUAAAGUCUGUGACUGUGGAGCCGCAGAGUCACAGCAGAGAGGGACAAACUGCACCAACAGCAACAGCAGCAGCAGCAACAGGGACAAAGUUGCUCACCACCACUGUCAGAAAAAAUAAGCUGGACACUAAAAAAACCAAGAAAAACAGCAAAGAAGUGAUCAGCAAAAAAGAGAAAAAAGAAGACUCAGAGGAGAAGACAGAAGAUGAGAAAACUCAACUGGACUGUCCUCCCCUCGGCUUGGAGUCUCUGCGGGUUGACGACUCCCAGAUCACAGCUUCUUCUUAUCCUCGGACCGGUCUGGGUCCUCACAGGGGGAGGAUGAAUAUCCAGUCUGGCAUUCACGACGGAGAUAUAUACGAUGGAGCCUGGUGUGCAGAGUACAAGGACCAACACCAGUGGCUGGAGGUGGACGCCCUUCACCCAACCCUGUUCACCGGAGUCAUCCUGCAAGGCCGAAACUCCAUCUGGAGGUGGGACUGGGUCAAAACCUACAAAGUCCAGCUGAGCAAUGACUCUGUGAACUGGGAGACCUGCAUGAAUGGGACAAAGCACGCGGUAUUUGUAGGAAAUGAGAAUCAAGAGAUUCCCGUGCUCGGACUCCUUCCUGUUCCCACCGUUGCCCGUUUCAUCCGCAUCAACCCACAGACCUGGUACGAGAACGGCACCAUCUGCCUCAGAGCUGAGAUACUCGGUUGUCGUGUCAACGAUCCACAUGACAUCUACGCUUCAGAGCAAGAACCAGCAUCAAAAGACAAUCUUGACUUCAGACACCACAACUACAAAGAGAUGAGAAAGCUCAUGAGGUCUGUGACUGAGGAGUGUCCGGACAUCACCCGCAUCUACACCAUAGGGAAGAGCUAUCUGGGUCUCAAACUCUACGUCAUGGAGAUCUCAGAUAAUCCCGGCAAACAUGAACUCGGUGAGCCAGAGUUUCGAUAUGUGGCAGGGAUGCACGGGAACGAGGUUCUUGGCCGAGAGCUGGUCCUCAAUCUCAUGCAGUACAUCUGCCGUGAGUACAAGAAGGGAAACCAGCGUAUCGUCCGACUGGUCACCGACACUCGAAUCCACCUCCUGCCCUCCAUGAACCCUGACGGAUAUGAAGCAGCUUACGAGAAGGGCUCAGAGUUGGCCAGUUGGGCUGAAGGACGAUACACCGUUGACAGAAUAGACCUGAACAGUAACUUUCCGGACCUGAACAACAUCAUGUGGGAUGCUCAAGAGGUGGCAGUAGACAAAUCCAAAGUCUCCAAUCACUACAUCCCGAUGCCGGAGUACUACACCAGAGAAGACGCCGUCGUGGCUCCAGAGACUCGAGCCGUCAUCAACUGGAUGCAGGAUAUUCCCUUCGUGCUCAGUGCGAACCUCCACGGAGGCGAGCUGGUGAUCACGUACCCCUUCGACUGCACGCGUGACUGGGCUCCUGUGGAAGACACCCCCACUGCGGACAACGCUUUCUUCCGCUGGCUGUCCCACGUCUACGCCUCCACCAACCUGGUGCUGGCGAACCCCGACCGACGCGUCUGCCACUCCGAAGACUUCCAACAACACAACAACAUCAUCAACGGCGGAGCCUGGCACACCGUCCCUGGCAGUAUGAACGACUUCAGCUACCUGCACACUAACUGCUUUGAGGUGACGGUGGAGCUUUCCUGCGAUAAGUACCCUCAUGCCAGUGAGCUUCCCAUCGAGUGGGAGAACAACAAGGAGUCUCUGAUCGUCUACAUGGAGCAGGUUCACAGAGGGCUCAAAGGUGUGGUGAGGGAUAAACUAACUAAAAAAGGAAUCCCAGACGCUAUAAUCAAAGUGGAGGACCACGACCACGACAUCCGAUCAGCUGCUGACGGAGACUACUGGCGCCUUCUGAACCCGGGCCAGUACAAGGUGGUGGUUUGGGCCGAGGGUUACUACCCAGCAGUGCGUCAUUGCAACGUCGGCAUGGAGCUGCAUGCCACCAUCUGCGACUUCGGCCUGACCAAAACGUCCAUCCAGAGGCUGAAGGAGAUCCGGGCCAGAGGAGGAAAGAUACCGCAGGACCUUCAGCUGCGUCUCCGAGCUCUGAGGCUCCGUAAGCUCCGCGCCAGCACCAAGGUCACCAACCGCCUUAGGGAGAGUCAGCAGAAGCAGGCGAGGAAAGCUCGAUCCUCUGGAGCCCAGAGAGUAUGAGAAGGGACGAGGGGCAGACGAAGCCUCCCGAAUCUGAUCUGGAUUAUAGGUUGAAAGAGUUCAGCCUUAGAAGCGUGCCGUCUGGGAAAAGUGACACGUCCCUACUGGUUAUUACUGAGAGGACACAGUUAAAGAGUCAUUUCACCCAAUUUAAAAACAUGCACACAGUUCAAUGUGCUGCCUUCACAGCAAUAGAUGUGCACCUGGUGAUCACAGCAUUAAAGGAUAGAUUCACAAUUUUUCAAGUUAAAUCAGGAGCCAAAAUGAACAUUGACACUUUUUUCUUGCUGUAAUCAUUCCUCCUGUUCACACUGACCAUUAGAAGAUCCCUUCAUAACGCACUUAUAAUGUAAGUGAUGGAGGACAAAAUCCACAGUCCUCCUUCUGUGUAAAAAUGUAUUUUUAAAGUUUAUAUGAAGCUGAUAUGAAGCUUCAGCCGUCCAAAUGAGUCAAAAAAUAUGGAUAGAUAUCCACUUGAUAUGACUAACUCAGACUGCUGAAGCCUCAUAUAAGCUUCACAUCUACUUUUAAAUGACUGUGUGGAAACACUGUGGAUAUUAGCUCCCAUCACUAAGACUCAUUUAAAGAUCUUUUAAUAGUCAGUAUGAACAGGAGGAAUGAUUACAGCGAGGAAAACAUCUUUCUCUGUUCAUAUGGAAACGAGAGUGUUGUUUCAAGACCGAGGUGAAAAAAAAGUGAACUUUUCCUUUAAAAUAUGAUCACUUAUAAGUUCAGCAGUGAAGUGUUUGGGUGUAUUGACCCUGACUGUCACAUAAACACCUGAACAAGUGGAGAAAACCUAAAAAAGAUUCAAACUGAAAACGAUAACGUCCAAAAUGUUUCAAACAAGUUAAGGAACUUUUUGAAGGAUUAAUGGACAUCUACACAUUUAUGGACAGUCUUUUUUUGAAUGAUAAAAAUUCAAAAUCACUUGUUUUUGUUUUUUUUAUUAUUAACUAAUUGUUUAUGUAUCUGAUGAGUAAAGAGACUGAGUUGAGUAUAUAAGUGUCAGCUGGUCUGAUAUGUAACAUUGCCCUUACACUGUUUGACAGAAGUCCAACGGGACCACAACGUCUCAAAUAAA